AAAUUCCCAGCCCUCCCACUUCAAUUUUCUCUCAAAAGGGUUUUCUUUUCUUCUGUGAGGUCUAGCAAACUUCGCAGAAACAAGAAAACCCAUCUUCUAAUCAAGCCUAUCUAGCAUUCUAUCUAGCUACCUGAAACUAUUAUCCUUCUCUUUAUUUCUUCAGAAUUAACUUUGGUUGUUAUAAUUCAUAAUUCAGUUUAUUGUUUGUUAGAGCCUGGAAGCUCUAAGUUAUAUCCUAGAUUGUUCGUUUUUUGUGCCAUGGAGGUGCACGCACGUACACCAGUUAUAGCCAAGAGGCUAUGGAAUGUGUUGAGGAUCACAUUCUUUAUGAUAAGGAAGGGAUUAAUAUCCAAGAGGAAGUUGAUGAUGGACAUGAAUUUGAUGAUGAAGAGAGGCAAGCUUCUUAGAAAAUCCCUCAGCAACCUCAUUUCCCAUCACCACCACUCCAAACGCGUCACACGUGGUAGCGUCGGCUUACAGGAAUACGAAUUCUCCUGCAGCAACAGUCCCAACCCUGUUUUUUUCCACGUCUCAAAACGUAAGCACCAUAACUACUUCCCCUGCAUCAAUCCCCCCGAGGUCAUAGAAGAAGAAGACGACGACGACGAUCAACAACACCUUGAACAAGAACCUAACGCUGUUGUCUUGGUGCCCAAGACACCUGAGUACUCGUUCAACUUCCGAUUUGAUGCUUCUGAGCUUGCCCCUGGAGAGGAGCGAAGCCCGCUUCUGUCACCAUUUUCUGUGAGGGUGUCCAAUUAUUCAUCAGAAGAUGAAACUGAUGGCCUAAACAGACAAGUCGACGACGAGGCAGAGGAGUUCAUCAAAAGGUUCUAUGAGCAGCUAAAGGCGCAAAGUCGUAUACAAUUGCUGCAAUAUCAGGAUUCAGGAGAUGCAGUUCUAGGACAUGCUUGCUAGAGGAACUGCCUGGUAUCUGUAUAAUACUAUCCAAAAAAAGUAACACAAGAGUACAGCCACCAAACCAAUAUCAAGCUGCUUUGGUUGCCAACCGUGCAAGGGAGCCUCAUUCCAUCCUUACACAUUGAAGAUGAUCUGGAUGAAGCAUAGCUGCAUUCUGAAUACAUAAUGCAAAUUUUGGGAGCUGUAUGAUAUGCUCAUUUUUCUUUUGAUUCCUUUCUGAAAUUUUAUUCCUGUAAAAAAAUCUGUAUUGAAAUAUUGGUGUAUUGUUUGUUCUGUAAAGAUUCGAAAAAUGAAAUUGAUAAUAUGAUGCAGUAGAUUUGGAACGUUGGCUUGUCG